GUCCGCUGGUGGCGGGCUAGCUCUUCGCUUCUCGUGGGUCUUGGCUCAGUGUCUAAUGGAGCUCUCUUACCAGACUCUCAAACUCACGCACCAGGCGCGGGAGGCGUGUGCGAUGAGAACAGAAGCACGACGAAAAAAUCUUCUCAUUUUGAUUUUGCAUUACUUAACACAAGAAGGUUAUAUGGAUGCAGCUAAUGCUUUGGAGGAGGAGUCUAAACUGGGAUUACGUCGCUUUGAAGUUUGUGACAACGUUGACCUGGAAACGAUUUUGAUGGAAUAUGAGAGCUAUUAUUUUGUAAAGUUCCAAAAGUACCCCAAAAUGAUCAAGAAGGCACCAGACACAGGAGAAAAAAAUUUACCGUCAAGAAGUGGAGGGAAAAGCAGAAGGGUGACAAAUGACAAUUGUAAAAAUCUUCCCAAGAUAUAUCAGCAGAAGUCACGACCCAAAACUUCAUCAGUGAAGACAGGGGACACCAAAGCUGUCAAGGAGCAUCCUAAACAGGAGAGUGUCAGUGACACUCAACCAGAGAACUCUGAGUUUGGCCUAAACAUAUCAAAAAUUCAUAAAGAUGUCCCAGAGGAAAAGGCCCACCCUCGAAGAGGCCAAAUCAUUGACUUCCGGGAGCUGCUCUCAGAUGCUAUCAAAGGAGCCACUAGUGACUUUGCCUUGAACACCUUUGAAUGUAACCCGGACCCAUCAGAACGCUUGCUGAAACCUCUGAGUGCAUUUAUUGGCAUGAACAGUGAGAUGCGAGAAUUGGCAGCGGUGGUGAGCCGGGACAUUUAUCUCCAUAAUCCCAACAUAAAGUGGAAUGACAUUAUUGGACUGGAUGCAGCCAAGCAGUUAGUCAAAGAAGCUGUUGUGUACCCAAUAAGGUACCCACAGCUAUUUACAGGAAUUCUCUCCCCCUGGAAAGGACUGCUGCUUUACGGCCCUCCAGGUACAGGGAAGACUUUACUGGCCAAAGCUGUGGCCACUGAAUGUAAAACGACCUUCUUUAACAUUUCUGCAUCCACCAUUGUCAGCAAGUGGAGAGGAGAUUCAGAAAAACUUGUUCGGGUGCUAUUUGAACUUGCCCGCUAUCAUGCCCCCUCCACGAUCUUCCUGGAUGAACUGGAAUCUGUGAUGAGUCAGAGAGGCAUGGCUCCCGGGGGAGAACACGAGGGAAGUCUGCGGAUGAAGACUGAGUUGCUGGUGCAGAUGGACGGCUUAGCGCGCUCAGAGGAUCUUGUGUUUGUCUUGGCGGCCUCUAACCUACCGUGGGAGCUGGACUGUGCCAUGUUACGGCGCCUGGAGAAGAGGAUUCUGGUUGAUCUCCCCAGCCAAGAGGCUAGGCAGGCCAUGAUCCACCACUGGCUGCCCCCUCUGAGCAACAACCAUGCCCUGGAGCUACACACAGACCUGGAGUACAGCGUGCUGAGCCAGGAGACAGAGGGCUACUCAGGCUCCGACAUUAAGCUAGUCUGCAGGGAGGCAGCCAUGCGGCCUGUGAGAAAGAUCUUCAGUGUGCUUGAAAACUACCAGUCAGACAGCAGCAGUCUGAAUGGGAUCAUGCUGGAUACCGUGACUACAAAGGACUUUCUGGAUGUGUUAGCUCACACUAAGCCUUCAGCAAAAAAUCUGACUGAGAGGUACUUGGCCUGGCAAGAGAAGUUUGAGUCUGUGUAAAGUUGCACCCAGCCUGACCUGGCCAGAGGCAGCCAAGAGCCUCCCUGGUGUGACUGGAAUGGAAAGAAGGACAUUAUCCUUGAACACUGGACUAAUUUAUACAACUGUGUUAUUUUGAAAACAUGAGAUCUUGUGCCAUGGAUGUCAGCAAAGUGAAGAUUUCAGUUAUAAGUGUGUGCUAUUGGGUCAGGCAAUGGAGUUUUUUUUUUCUCAGAAUUUGACUAAAAAUUUUAAGAAGUUUCCUGUGGUUUUCCUUAUUUGUGAACUGAGAGCUUAGUAUUUUCUUAAUCUCUAUUAUAUUUUGAGCUUUUUAAAGAAUCUUUUUUAAAAUUUAUUUACUUUACAUCCUGAUUGUAGCCCCUCCCUCCAUCUUCCCCCAUCCCUGUCCCCUAUCCCUAGUCCUUACAAAGGGGGAGCCCUUCUUCCUUACCAGCUGACCCUAGACUAUCAAGUCUCUUCAGGACUGCCUACACCCUCUUCCGUGGGCUAGCAAGGCCUCCUCACCAGGGGAAGUGAUCAAAGAGCAGGCAACAGAGUUCAUGUCAGAGACAGCUCCUGGUCCCCUUACUAGGUGACCCACAUGAAGACUAAGCUGCCUAUCUAAUAUAUUUAAGCUUCUAUUCUUAAUUUCCUUCUUGUAACACAUUCUCAAGCCUGUCAGACACCAUCGGUCAGUGCCCCCCUUCCCUUACUUUUUCCCUCACUCCCUCUCUCCCUCCCUUCCUUUCUUCCAGGACAGGCUUUCAUUGUAUAAUGCCUGCUGGCCUGGAACUCACUUUGUAGAUCAGGCUGACCUUGUCUUCACAGUGAUCCACCUGCCUCUGCCUCCCAAGUGCUGGGAUUAAAGGCGUUUCUAAAGGGCUGAACACUUCAUGUAACUCUCCGUUCUCUUCCUUCCCUCUGCCCCAGGGGACGGGGACCACCACCCUCUCCUUUCAGUCCUUCUUACCCUAGCUGACCAUGAGCACUGUCAUCAAGGCCUUAAGUUCUGCUUUCCCAGAGAAUAAAGGAAAACCUCUGUUCUGUCUUGGUUACUUAGGGCUUCUGGAUUCCAACUAGUUUGCUA